UUCAACCCGUAAACUGUUCGCGCCAUGUGGGUGAUCUUCAUCUCUUCAUAUAUCAGUGCUAAAAGUCCCAGAACAGCCAAAGCUUUGUUUGUUGCAUUUAAGGGAAGAAAAAUAGACAGUAACUCACACUCUCCAAGCAAUCAAGGGCUUUAAUUAGCCACCUAAGAAGCCAUCUACUGCAUUAAUGAUCUUCCAAAUUAUAUAACUGGAGAUUAUACUGUACACAUUUAUUGAUUGCUGGUCAUUUUUAGUAUUUGCUCAAUCUCUGUUUCCUUCAACACAACAAUCUAGAAGCAAGUUUUGUUCUAACUUUGGGGAUAGUCAUAUAUAUAGUUAGAGAGAUCUGAGGAUUUUGGGGUGGUCUUCUGAUGGCACACAUUGGUGGAAAUCAUUUCUCUGGAGGGUCUCGUUCAGAUAGCAAUACUCUACUUGGAUCUUACAAAGAAAUAUCCAUUCACCAGGACACCCCGACAAGGCCUGCAAAUGAUGCUCUGUACAAGGAACUGUGGAAUGCCUGUGCUGGACCCCUGGUCAAUGUUCCUCGUGAAGGAGAACGAGUUUAUUACUUUCCACAAGGUCACAUGGAACAGCUUGAGGCAUCAACCCAUCAAGGAUUAGAUCAACAACUCCCUUCUUUCAAUCUACCAGCAAAAAUACUUUGCAAAGUAGUAAAUGUUCAGUUGCGGGCUGAACAAGAAACAGAUGAAGUUUAUGCACAGAUAACUCUGUUUCCUGAAGCAGAUCAAAGUGAGGUUUCUAGCCCAGAUCCACCUCUUCCAGAACCUCAAAGGUGCAAUGUCCAUUCAUUUUGCAAGACACUUACUGCUUCUGACACAAGCACACAUGGUGGAUUUUCUGUUCUUCGGAGGCAUGCAGAUGAUUGCUUACCUCCACUGGAUAUGUCCCAACAGCCACCCUGGCAGGAACUGGUUGCAACUGAUCUUCAUGGCAGUGAAUGGCAUUUUCGUCACAUUUUUCGAGGGCAACCCAGGCGCCACUUGCUCACAACUGGCUGGAGUGUCUUUGUUAGCGCCAAGAAAUUAGUUGCUGGUGAUGCUUUUAUUUUUUUGAGGGGUGAAAAUGGGGAGCUCCGAGUUGGAGUAAGGAGGCUCAUGAGACAGCAGAAUAACAUGCCUUCUUCUGUUAUAUCCAGCCACAGCAUGCAUCUUGGGGUUCUUGCUACUGCGUCUCAUGCUAUCUCAACUGGAACCCUGUUUUCUGCUUUCUACAAACCAAGAACAAGUCAGUCUGAGUUCAUUGUAAGUGUCAACAAGUACAUUGAAGCGCAGAGCCAGAAGCUCUCUGUUGGGAUGAGGUUUAAGAUGAGGUUUGAGGGCGAGGAAGUUCCAGAAAGAAGGUUCAGUGGAACAAUUGUUGGUGUUGAGGAAGGUACAUCAACUAGAUGGCCUGAUUCUGAAUGGAGAUCCUUGAAGGUUCAAUGGGAUGAGCCUUCGUCAAUUUUGCGUCCAGAAAGAGUUUCGCCAUGGGAAUUAGAACCACUUGUAGCAGCAAGUCCUCCAAGCUCCCAACCUCUGCAGAGGAACAAGCGGGCACGACCGCCAGUUUUAUCCUCUCCAAUGCCUGAUCUUUCUGCACUGGGUAUGUGGAAAACCUCAGUUGAGUGUCCUCCAUCUUUCCCAUAUUGUGAAAUACGUGGGAGGGAUCACUAUCCAUCUCCCAAAUUCUCUUCUGGUCCGAAGGCCAGCUCUCUUAGCUACAGCGAUAACAGUUCCCUGGCCCCAGUUUCCAGCAAAUCAAUGUACUGGUCUAACCAAGUGGAAACUAUGACAGAGUCUUUUUUACCUUUAGUUAACAAGGAAUCCACUGAAAAGAGACAGGCCACCACCAACGGAUACAGGCUCUUUGGGAUAGAGCUCCUUAGCAAUUCUACUAUGGAAGAAACUUUGCCAAUGAUUACAGUUGCAGGAGCAGUGGGGGAGGACGAACCAGCUCCAUCUUUAGAUGGUGAAUCUGAUGGGCAUUCUGAACCUUCAAAUAUUAAUCGAUCUGAUAUUCCUUCAUUGAGCUGUGAGCCUGAGAAAUCAUGCUUGAGAUCUCCCCAGGAGUCACAUAGCAGACAAAUUCGAAGCUGUACUAAGGUACACAUGCAGGGGAUUGCUGUUGGGAGGGCGGUGGAUUUGACACGUUUGGAUGGUUACGAGGAUCUGCUCAGGAAAUUGGAGGAGAUGUUUGAAAUUGAAGGCGAACUCUAUGGAUCAGCGAAGAAAUGGCAGGUUGUCUAUACAGAUGAUGAGGAGGAUAUGAUGAUGGUAGGGGAUGAUCCAUGGCAUGAGUUCUGCAGCAUGGUGAAGAAGAUUCUUAUCUACACAAAUGAAGAAGUAAAGAAGCUAUCACCCAAGAUUAAACAUCCAGUCAAUGAUGAGGUCAAACGCUGCAAGUCGGCCUUGGAUGCUGUGGUGGUAGGCACUGAAGACCAAUUAUUGGACAUGGGGCCCAGCCAGUGAUGUUUCUAUGCCCCUCGUCAUAGUAUAGGUAAAAGACAACUUUUAAGGAGUAAAAAAUAAAAAAAAAAUCACAAGGGUGAUGUGGAGAAUGACCUUGAUAAUCACUUUAUGAUUUUGGUUUUUUAGUGCGGAGUGAUGACAUCCACAACAAUUAGUCCAUGCUGGAAUGGCCGGUUCAGUUACAUGCGGCAAUAAAAAUACCGGUGCGAUUUUUUUAAAAAAAGGGGCUAUUAUUUAGCCCAAAAGGUGUCUUGGGAGAGAGUGGGUUGCCUUGCUGGAUAAGCAUGUUGUUGCAUAAUUAUUUUAACAAUGCUUGGUAGUUUGAAUUUUUCUGGCCCAAAUGGUCGUUUUGAGACAUUCGAGCUAUUCGGGCCACAUAAAUUCGAGCUACCAAGCAUUUUUGUUAUUUUAAAUGUUUUUGUUUUUUGUUCUGUUUUUUUGGUGUCAAGGAAAUCUCAAUAGUGCUUGUUAGUUUUCACCUCAGAUGGGUUAAGAAAAGUUUGUCGGCUCCACCUCCACCUCUUGUGCUAAAGACAGGAGGGACAAGACGGUGAAGUACGCUCUUUUACAUUUUGUUGUUUUUUUUCUUGUAUACCUAGUUGUCAUCUGUAUGUAAAUAUAUAUAUAUAGCCACUGAAUGUUCUUUUGUUGCCUCUGCUUGUGUUUAUACUAGCCUUUCUACUUGGGAGA